UUUAAGUCUUCGAUUGAUUACUUUUCUCAGUACAAUUAAAUAACUAACAUUUAUUUUGAAAUAAUUGCUUCCUUUGUAUUAUUUCAAAAUGAAAUAUCUCAAACCGCUUUUAUGUUUCGUUUCAUAGAGAUACACACUAUGUUGUCACGUGUACCAUUUAGAAUUUCUUUAAUGGAUUAACCCUAGCCAGAACGGAAAUGUCUGAUUCGGAGGAUUACCCAGAUGAAUAUAUUUUUCGCCCACAACAUCAUUUGGAUGCCAAAUGGUUAAACCCUGAUUUACAAGAUGCUCUCCACGACUCCGUAUCUCUUAACUUAUUAUACAAUAGUCUAGCCCAAGACCGUGAAAUAUAUUUUGAAGCAAGAGAUGGUCUAGUGAACGCGUCUGGAAUAACAGCCAAACUAGGGGACAGUGGCAAAUAUUAUUGCGGUCUUAGGAACCUUACUUGCACCUGUUGUGAUGGACUUUGUGGACCCCAUUCGGGAUGUGCUUGCACGUCUUGCACUGUACUCUCAUCAGAUGAAGAGAGACGUCUUGCUUUGGAAACCAAGUUAGUAGCCCCACCAUCAUCUGUUUGGGUCAUUGAUGGUAUCAAAUGGAAACAAGAGCCAGGUCCAGAAUGUCUGCAGAAUUUAAUGGAGUCUAUGAUUUGGGAGCAGCGUAUGAAAGCUAUUAACACAGUUACCAGUUGUCCAAUUAUAUCUCAGAUCAGACGACUCAUUGUUCUCUGCCAUAGACAUUUAGUAGCAGUUAUAAGGGAACAGACACAAAACAAAGAUGUGAAAAAAGUCAAAGUAGACAAGAAACCAUCUCAUACAAUUAGCAAUAGAGCACUCAAUGAUGUUGUAAACACUCUAAAAUCUACUGAAAUUACAUCUGUUGGGCAAGACGAUAAUGAAGAACAUUCUGAUGAGUCUGAGAGCGCACUAGGAUUAGCUCGCGUGGGAGCGCGUGCAGCAUUAAGACUGGCACUAUCGCUGGUGCGUCGUGCAUGGCGUUGCGGUGAGGACGCCGACGUGUGCUCAGCUCUGCUCCGCGACGCAUUGGACGCGGUGCGUGCGUUACCCGACGCGGCACUGUACGCGGGCACUGGUCUCGGUUCGACGCAAGCGCCGCGCUCACAGAAGAUCUGGGCUGAAGUUGUUGACAGUGCUGCUAAAUUCCUACAUCAAGUUGUUGUUGGUGAGGUUGGUUGCAAUGUGCCGAUGGGCGACUGGCGCACGUCGCUAUGCGUGUGGGUGGAGCUGUGCGCGCGCCGCGCGGAGCUGCCCGCGCUGCUGAAGGCGGCUGACGUCCUCGUCACACUACCGCCGCGCCAGAAACGACUGCCUGAUAACAGAAUUGUCUUGGAAGAAUGCACAGCACCACUUGGACCGUUUUUGAGACGAAUGGCGAAGGUAGUCGCCCCUAAUCCAGUUGUUAAUAAUGAACCAACAGUGGACAGUAACUCUUCUGAGUUAUAUUUAAAAGAACUUACAAUACCAAGUGGUGAUGGUUUAAUGGAGGUGAGGAAGGCUGGUGUCGCUUUACUGUGCCACCUGGAUAGACUUGGUGCUCCUUUGCUGCCACCUUUAAAGGGUUUUGUGACUUGUACAGAGUCUGCACAGGAAGUGAUUGCUAUUGGUUCUGGUCCUAUACAACUUGGCAGCCUAAGAAUACAGCAAGUAGCGUGUGCUGAGAAACUGGCUCUACUGUUGACUCAUGAUGGUGAUGUCUAUACAUUACCUUACGAUAGCUUAACACCACAUUUAGUUCCAGGUUUGGAGAAUAAGACGAUAAUAGAAGUGGCGUGUCACGGUGCGGGGAGACACUUCCUGUGCUGUUCCGCGUGCGGCGGCGUGUGGUCGUGGGGCGCGGGCGAGGACGGCCGGCUGGGGCACGGCGACACGGCGCCCCGCGACGCGCCCGCCGCCAUACACCACCUGGCACACCAUGAAGUCAUCAGAGUGUAUGCUGGAUUUGCUUGCAGUGCUGUGAUAACAUCUCGCGGUGCGCUGUACACGUGGGGGCGCGGCUCACACGGCCGCCUCGGACACGGCACUGUCGAGAACUGCCUCACGCCGCAGCCUGUCGCCUUCAACGCACAUAACAUCGAACGAAUUGUUGACGUUGCCUUAGGUUGGGGUGAGAGUCAGACGCUGUGCUGCACGCUGGAGGGCGCGGUGCAAGUGUUCGGCGAGGGCGAGAGCGGGGCGCCCCGCGCGCUCUCCUCGCUCGGCAUGUUCCGCAUCACGCGUGUCUACACCGGCGAGCACUGGCAUGCUGUCCUCACUGACACUGGCCAAGUAUACACAUGGGGCAAAGGUGAACGACAUCGCCUUGGUCAUGGUAAUGCAGACUCGGUUCAGGAACCUAAGCUAGUGGAAGGUCUUCAAGGUGUGAAUGUGAUAGACUUGUCGUUGGGCGCGUCGCACGGCAUAGCGCUGACGUCAGAGGGCGCGCUGUACGCGUGGGGCACGCACGAGCGCGCCAACAUGCGGCGACCGGCGCCGCAACUGUUGCAAGUCUUUAACUCCUCUUUUAAAGCUAAUGGUGCUUCAAGUAGUGCUACACAAAUAAUCGCAUGGAGCGAAGAAAAUCCACGAGAUUUACCGUCUUCGAUGCCUUUUGUGAUAGAUUUAUCAGAUAACACGUUUACAUUAUUGGAGAGAUUGUUAAAAAUUGCAGUGGAUCAAACUAGCACAGCGACGUUAAAGGAAAAGGAAUGUCUAGCAAUAGCUUGUCUUAAUUUACUAAGGCUACAAGAUCCUCUAGCAUUGCAUCUAUGGUGGGCGUGCGAGCGGCGCGAGGGCUGCGCCCCGCACUUCCCCCCGGAGCACCCGGUGGAGGAGCUGCGCCGCGCGUUGCUCGCCGUGCUACUGUACCACGUCGGCUUGAAGGAACAUGCGCUCGCCACUGCUACUACUGAGAUGAAAAAGGGUGAAGUUAAAUUGUCUCCGGCUAUGUCGGAGAUACUAAAAGCCGUACAGCAGAGCAAAUGGACACUGAUGAGAACGAGGCAACAGUUAUCGCGGGGAUAUAAAGAAGUGUGUGCAGCGCCUUUAGAAAGGGCCAGGUUCUUAUUGCACGAGGUGCGUCCGGCGAUAUCCCCCGCAGUAUCAGCGCUGCAAAAGAGACCGCCCGCUCGCCGUCCACCCUCCGCUAAGAAAGUAUUUCAAAAAGUCAUGCGAUUAGCUAAAUCACCUUCCUUCAACAAAUGUUUCGAAACAACGAAAGACUUAAGGAAUAGACAGAACAGCUUAAAUAAGAGUAUGCUAAGAGCCGGAGGCAGCUUACUGCAAGGCGAUGCUCUGAUCAUUAAAUCGGCACUAAGUAACGCCGCUAGAACUGUUGACGAUAUUCGUAUAAAAGUAGUCGAACCAAAAUGUUACUAUAAUUCAGAGGUACCAACUGACCCGGCGUCGAAAGAUGCCGCAAAUCAACAGACUAAAAAUAAAUUAAAAUUGAAAGAUAAACCGCUAGACAAAGAUAUGAAAAACGCCUGUAAUUACGACGAUAUGCGUAAUGAAGCUCGCGGUGAAUUAAAAAUACCUGAAAAGGAAGAUAUUCAAGAUAAAGAUUAUGAUGAUAAAACACCAACGAAUGAGGUGUCAAUCAGUUCCAUCAAUGAUAUGACAGAUAAUUCCAUUUUAAAGGAAUCUAUGGAAAGCGAGAAACAAGUUAUGCUACAGGCUGAUGAUUUGAAAAACGAAUUAUUUACUGCCGAUGAAGAAAAAGAUGAUGAUACCUCGGAAAGAAAUAAGUUUGUCAAUGCUUGGGUGGCUAAGCUGUCAUGUCAAGAAAAAGAUCUAUAUUGGAUGCUAGAAGAAGUGACAGCGGAACAACAGAGCGUGACAACCGCUAUUAUUGAUUUCGUAAUGAGCGAAGAAUCGUGUGACCUUGAUAUGUUGAGAAGGGCGUUGUAUUGCCAGGUGCAAAGAGCUGAAAUAAGGAAAAAUGGUUACAAAAUCAUUAAUAAGAUACUUCACUUGACUCAAACGAUGUCGGAAAGUGUUAAAUACGCGGUGUUCGCUGGCCUAUGUGGUGCGUCUCUGGCGGAUUCACCAAAUACACCACUUAAACCAACAAUCCCUUUAACAUUACCUUUAAAGGGUAUAGAAUCUGUGAUACCGUAUACGAAAUACAUGGUGCUUCUAGAACGAUCUAGAUUGAUGGACUACGUGCUUAUAGAGUUGAGGGCGAAAGUGUUAGAAGCGGAACAACAGCAACCCAUGCCUUUGAAGAUGAGCGUUAACUUUGGAGCUCACGCAUUACUCACGAAACCAUCACGAGCGAGGUUUUUGAUAUCUCUUCUAACAUUAGUAGUGGAGGGUUGCUACGGUCCAGAGUUGGAGCAAUUGAUAAAUGGCGGAGCAUUAAGUUCCUGCAUGACAUUGUUAAGACAAAUCGGUGGAGAUACAUCUCUAUAUAAUUCCCAGAACUCUCCAACAGCAGCAAAAUCUAAAUUUGAAUGUUUAGUUAUAUUUGAAGAUGAAAAAUUAGGUGCUCGAGCUAGAUGCGCUUCACUAAGCGGACCCGAACUUGCCAGUCUUAUGAAAAUAGGUACUAGGGUUGUGCGCGGCAGAGAUUGGAAGUGGGGUGAUCAGGAUGGAGGGCCUGGAGGCGAAGGCAGGGUGAUCGGAGAACUAGGAGACGACGGUUGGGUGCGCAUUCUAUGGGACAGCGGAGGCACUAACUCCUAUCGCAUGGGAAAAGAAGGGAAAUAUGACUUGAAAUUAGCACGCUCACCUUCUCCGCCACCAUCUCUAUAUGAGGCUGAGACUGAAAAUCGUCAGACUACGUUAGACUGGUGGCCGGUGAAGGAGGUGCGUGCGGCGUGCACGGGCGCGUUGCGUGCGGCGUGCGCGCGCGCCGGCAGCGCGCACGACGUGCGUAGCGUGGUGCGACGCAACGUGGCCGCGCUACAACGACGGUUGCUUGUUAUCGCACGUGCGAAUAAUGUACCCCCGCCUACCGCGUUCGCGUCGUACGCGCAUACCGCUGUAGCACUCAUUAGAGCAAGCGCACAAAAUCACGAUAUGAGAAAAACGUUAUGCACCGAAUCCUGGUUUGAACUGUGCUUCAGUAUCAUUUCUGCGGGGGACAAAUCGGUCACGCAGGACUUACUAUUCCUACAGAUCCAAUGUAUCUGGCUGCUGAAGCGAGUGCUGCUGGAGCACGCGGGGCCGGCGGAGUGGCGCAGGACGGUGGCGACGCAGCUGCUGGCGCUGGUGGGCCGGCUGUGGCUCGAGACGCACCCUGCGGACCCCGCGCUGCGCCCCACGCAGGCUAUAUUCACAGCCAACGAUGAGGAGGAACUAGACAACAGAUGGCGCGCGCCGGCGACGAGCAGCUACACGGGCACGGUGUGCGCGGGCGCAGUGUCGCUGAUAACAAACGAUUGGCAUUGGUGGCCACACGCCAGCCAGGAACUCACUCAAAGCAUCAAACCAUCGCCAAUUUCCCUCAAUACUUGUCUUAUAGCCGGUGCACUGGGUGUGGUUGGUGGGUUGGAAUGGCGAAUCAGACUCGGUCAAAGAGUAAGCUUCGGAUCUCCGCCGCGGUACGGUAUCGUCACACAGUUGUCUCCCAGAGCAAAGGUCACUGUCAUGCAUGAUGACAACACUGCAACCAAGGUGGAACUAACCGGUUUGUCGAGUGCGGAGAGCGAGCGCAUGUCGCAGGCGCUAGGCGGCGGCGAAAGCGCGCUGCGCGUUUGCGCCGCUCUGCUCGGCGUCAUGCCCAAUGCGUGCCCCGUGCACACGCAUCCCCUACCUGCUGACGUAGAUGUAUACGGCUUAAGAAGGCAACAAAUGGAGCUCCUGAUGUUGUGCGCUGUCAGAGGCCUGCUGUCCACUCGCACGAAGCUCAGAAAAGUUUUACUUCAACCUCCGGAUAAUGCAAGUACAAUGGAGCGGAGUGGCAUGGGCGUGGGCACAGAGGGGACGUUGCUGCGGCGUCUGCUGGCACUGGCGGUGCGGCCGAGCCCGCUGGCGAGCGCGCACUCGCCGCGGGACCUCGCCAACGCCGCCGUCGCUUUGGUGCAACAGUUAGCAGCACACGUUGCCGGAGAUGAAAAAGAAGUCGAUUCCCCACCGGAAGCGCCAGUCGUGGCCAAAAGUAAUGCUUUGCAGUUCUCAAUGGGUCCAUCAACUAGUACAGCAACAUUAUGUAAGUUCGAUGAUAUUUGA